AUGCUUCAACAAACUUCCUGCUCACAAGCUACCAAUGCUGACGUUCCCGAACCCAAGUCUUCGGCUGGUCCGACUGGUGAUUGCUGGAAUCCGGGUCCGUCCAUUGUCUCUUCCUCAACUGGUCCCCACCCAUCCACAACCGUACCGCCUUCAUCACACUGGCUCUCUAACCAAGAUCACUUACGUGUGCCCACAAGUGGAAUUCCACAAAGCUUGAGUAUAUUGAACCCGGUUGGAUCACGAACUAUGGUAUUGGAACCCCUAGUUGAGCCCCCAUUCAACGCGGAUUCCAGUAGUUCCUCAGGCGAACGUACCAUAGAUCAUCCCGGGAUAACGGACUCAUUAUCAAGCGCCACGGUCGAUGCUCAGAGAAAAUUGACCUCGGUAUCAUUUGAUGUAGAUCUGGCCACCCUUGGUGGAUCAUUUCACGAGUAUCCGUGCUCCUCACCUCACGAAUCUCCUCAGACGGAGGCAGGCAAUGCACAAGAAGUCGCUAUGGACUGGGAAUCAGACGCUCCAACGGAACUGGUCAAUAAAUCGGAUCCUCGUCCACCGUUUCCCCCGCCUAUUGUUCCCAACCCCGUAUGGGAAAUGAAAGAGGCACAAGAACGCAUUUUUGAACUGUGGUACGGUCUGCCUGUCGAGGAUUGGUCCUCUUCAUGUUCGUCAUCUGCUUCUCCGUGCGGCGCUUCGAAUGAGUGA